AUGGGUGGGAACCAGUCCUGGGUCAGAGAAUUCACCCUGAUCGGAUUCCAGCUCAGUGCAGAGAUGGAGGGACUACUCUUCUGGAUCUUCUUACUGUUCUAUAUCUUCAGUCUGUUGGCAAACGGCACGAUCCUGGGACUCAUCUGUCUGGAUCCCAGACUGCACACCCCCAUGUACUUCUUCCUCUCACACCUGGCCGUCAUUGACAUGUCCUAUGCUUCCAACAACGUCCCCAAGAUGCUGGCAACCUUAGUGAGCCAGAAUAGAACCAUCUCCUUUGUCCUGUGCAUAAUGCAGACGUUUUUGUAUAUGGUUUUUGCUCACACAGAGUGCCUGAUUUUGGUGGCGAUGUCCUAUGAUAGGUUUGUGGCCAUCUGCCACCCCCUCCAUUACACUGUCAUCAUGAGCUGGAGAGUGUGCACGGUCCUGGCCGUCACUUCCUGGUCAUGUGGAUUUAUCAUCUCUCUGGUACAUGUGACUCUCCUUCUAAGGCUGCCCUUCUGUGGGCCCCAGGAAGUGAACCACCUCUUCUGUGAAAUCCUGUCUGUCCUCAAGCUGGCCUGUGCUGACACUAGGCUCAACCAAGUUGUCAUCUUCGUUGCCUGUGUGUUUGUCUUAGUGGGGCCCCUCUGCCUGGUGCUGGUCUCCUACACACACAUCCUUUCUGCCAUCCUGACGAUCCAGUCAGGGGAGGGCCGCAGAAAGGCCUUCUCCACCUGCUCCUCGCACCUCUGUGUGGUCGGGCUCUUCUUUGGCAUAGCCGUGGUGGUGUAUGUGGUCCCAGACUCCAGUCAGCGAGAGGAGCAGGAGAAAAUGCUGUCCCUGUUUCACAGUCUCUUUAACCCCAUGCUGAACCCCGUCAUCUACAGCCUGAGGAAUGCUCAGGUGAAGGACGCCAUGUGGAGGGCCCUGCGGAAGAAUGGGCCCAGGUGA